CAGUUGUGGCAAUGAGGAAGUAGGGAAACUGAGACAGAGGAGAAUUAACACAGAGGAAACUGAACUGAAUCUCACAGUAAUCUAAGAAAAAUAAAUUCAAAUGUACAAGAAACAGAACACAAGAAUAAAGAAACAAACCAAAGAUAAGGGAAUAAACUAGUAUGGCAACACCUUGACAACGAUAAUAAGCACAGAGAACUGAACUGAAUAAAUGACCUAUGGAACAUAAAUAGCCCUAGAAAAUGAUCAAACACAAACAAACACUCAAGGAAUGUGACACUAACAGGAUAACAAGCAAGCAUAAUUAUAAUAUGGAGUCGAUAAAGCAGUGGGCUUCUGGAGAGUCCUCAAACACAACCAUAAAACAUUAUGAACCAGGCCUGAAAACUGGCUCCAUUCCAGGAACUACACUAAUUUUUAAGAUGUUUAUCAUUUCUGAUCAAAGGUCAUUAAAAAAACAAACAUUUUCUGCAAAGAGAGAAAUUAAUACACUAUAAUAACAACACCGUAAAUAAUUUUGGGAAAGCCCAAAUUGUUAUGAUCUAAUUGUUAUGAUCUAUCGGAUUUGGUAAGUUUUAAUUGAUUACAUUUAAUUUACAUGGAAGCACAUUUUUAAAAAUAAAAAUUCCAAAUCAAGGUUAAAAUUGAGAAAAAACUCAGAAAAAGAAUCCUGACUUAGCGCUGCAGAGCAUAUCCUACAGAAGCAGUGUUUGGGUCAAGCAUUGCACAAAGUGUCAGAAACAUCUGUUCCAUCUGUUUUGUGCUCCAAUGGACAGUAUGCCAAGAUAUCAAAGCACACAACUCCAAAAAUGAAUCACUGACACAUCUGUCAUACUUGAUAAAAGCGGGAACAAUAAUAAUCCUGUUGAAACGGCACAGAAAGAGAAAGAUUGGGUUGGAAUGCAGCUUUGUCCACUCAAUACACAUACGCUACCGACACUGUGGCAAACAGAAAUCCAGCCUUUUCAGCCUCUGGCAGAGGUAUUUUAUGCUUCAGACAAACUGCUGCCACUUUGUCCUUUGAGGGGUGAAACACAUGGACUGUGUGUGUGCGCGGGUGUGUGUGUGUGUGUGGGUAUCGGUGUAUGCGUGUGUGUGUGUGGAGGUUGUAAGACUGGCUGAGGCUGUAAGACUGGCUGAGGCUGUAAGACUGGCUCAUGACCAGGCUAAGGAGCGAAGUCAUCGCUGGCGGAACAGAUUUCACUGGGAUGUGACAAGUAUGAUCUUCGGGAAACAGAUGCAGUGGUUCAAACACACCCCGGCCACUGUGAACUUCCUGCUAUUUGCCAUCACAUCUUUAAAAGUUACAAAUAUAAACUAUUACGUUCUCCCGGUCAGCAGGAGGUAAUCAUUUGCGAUCCACGCCCAUCACCUCAUGCCUGCACACCCUGCUCUAUAUAAAACCCCUAUGUACAUUUCUCUGUCAGCUCACUUAGCUUUUGGGCAUUUCCUUUAUUUUUGUUUAUCUUUAAAUCCACAAUCUACUCUCUGACAUUUAGCAAGGCUUACUUUGUUAAGUGUAUCCAUUUGAGUGAGCAGAAAUGUCCUGUGGGGAGUAUGACAGGGUUGGCCCUCUAUACCCGCUGAGAAAAUGGGUUUCCAGUCAGGAUGUUGGCCUGCCGCCUUUCCUGGAGACUGGGGAUUCUCGUUGGAUCAAGAAGGGCUUGGCAGCCUGGUCCUGGCCGGGUUGCUUACCAGCGCCUCUGUUUGUGCCCUACAUCUCCGAGCCGAUGCCUCAUUCCGGUCAGAAGGUUAGCAAGUGGAGGGUCAGUAUGGAUGUGUCUCACUUUUUCCCCUCGGAGAUCUCUGUCAGUGUCAGGGAUGGAUUCCUGGAAGUUGGAGGGAAACACGAGGAGAGGCCUGACGAGCAAGGAUUUAUCUCCAGAUGUUUUACAAGAAAAUACAGGCUUCCAGCUCAAGUGAACGUUACCAAACUUGAGUCCUCACUCUCCGUUGAUGGUUUCCUGACUGUAGAAGCUCCACUUCCUGAAGCCUCAGCUCCUGCUGACAUCGUCAUCCCAAUAAAGGUGGAGGCUGAGGGCAAUGGAGAACCAGAAAUAAAACAAGAAGAUCAGCAGGAAGAGUCUCAAUUAGAGGCCUGCAGUGAUCAGGUCCAGCCCAGCAGCACCACAGCCGGCCUGGAGCAGGGAGACAAGGGAACCAGAGAAAAGCCAGCUGGACAGUCCCAUUCUUCACUGCCUGAGGAAGAUAAAUGCUUAGAGAGCAUCCAAAAGUCUUCUGAGCACCACAAAGUCCCAGAAAGCCAAGAAAGCAUGGGUACAUCCAACCUACUGGAACACAAAGAGCCAGUCGUGGAUGAAGAGAUCCAGGUGAAGGCAGAGGGAGCCGAGGAGCUUGCUCCGCCUGAGGAGCAGGAGCUGGGAUCAGCUCCACUGAGUGACGUCCAAAGCCAGGAGCUGGAGGCUGCUAACAUAGAGCAACAGCACACCGACUAAACACAAGCAUUAGUCUGCAUUGUCUGCCUUAAACCAGCUCCACAUGCCUUUUUGUCAUUAGCUAUAGCGCCAUUAAAGCCUGCUGUGUUUGGAGCUCUAAUAAAGUAGUAUAAUGUGAAAGU